UUCAGACUCAGAAGACCAAUAUAGGUACAUCUAUCAUGCCUAAAGACGGCAUCAUAAGCUGGAACAUGCCCGAUGAAGUCGACAACACAGAUAUCUCUAUUAUGCUUCAAGAAGGUAGCAGAAUUAUCUGCAACACACCCGAUGAAGUCAGCAACACAAGUUGCUCGACUGCAUUAGUAACUGCCGAAAGCACAGUAGCUGAAGAGAUUCCGAAGGAAUCUUUAGAAGAAAAUGUACAGCAACCACCACCGCCCAUUUUCUCACCAGAAUGCAACUCAUCAGAAUGUGAUUUCUCUGCAACUCCACAGCCACCCACAGCGACCGAGGAGCAAUUGACUCAGGAUUUGGAGUCUCAUUUUGCUGAUUAUGAACAACUAGAAGAGAUAUUAUGGAUGUUGAACUCCGAUAGCUAGUUCUAGCGUGGCCACUCAGCCGAAGAAAGCAAGACAUAAGCCUUUUUUGGCUAGGUAAUUGGUGUGCUUCUACUGGCUUGGAUGCACAUUCUUCAAGUGCUGAUAAAGAGUGUGCCCAAGCUGUGUGGCCAAGAAAAAAUAUUUUCCUUGUUGAAAACAAUGCACAUGGAUCAAAUGCAUUCAUUGAUGUACAUUAUUUAUUUAAUGAGAUUUUUUUUAUGAGCUGCA